UAAGCGUGUACUGAUUUGCCUGAAUUGGGGCAAGGGAAGGCAUCCUCCUCCUAUGUUGCCUCUGGUUUCGACUUAGUUUAGUAUUCUUGACAAACCUGACUUUAAGGUACGAAGAUCUAACGGACCCUGGAUAAUGAUUGCAACCGAGAAUGUGGCCAUGCUAGAAGGCUUGUUUCAUAUUGGUAUGUUGGAACACAAGGAGCGUCUUUGCAGGUGGUCAGAUUGGCCUGUCGAAAAGCAAAGAGCGGUUCUCGAUAUCUUGCGGACAGGUGCGAAGACGCAAGUAGCCGAAGAAGCCCUUCUUGAAGCGGGUCUGUAUAAAAAAGCCCGAAGGGAAUACGUGGGGGGAGGAUUCAGGGCCAAUUUACUGGGUCGAUACGGUAUAGUCUGUCAAGCCAGGAGUUUGAGGAAUACUGCACCGUCACCACCCCGAACGGAGAUGGCCCAGUCUUCUAACCCUACCAUGUCUUAUCACGGCCUCAAGCACAGGCACUCGGCUGGGACUGGAAUUUCCUUGAAUCCAAGACAAUGAAGAUGAUCAGAGCUAUGCGGCAGUUCUGCAACAUACAUGCAGAGCAAGCCGGUUAUGGGGAACCUCUUGUCGACUCCGACAUCCUUAUCUACUUACUGGUUGGGACAUCCCUUUUGCGACAAGAUUCGGACAGCCAAGAAGGAACGGCCUUGGGCAGGCCGAGAUGAGAUUGCCUUCCACCUCCUAGACUGAUGAAGU